AUGCAACAAGUUCUUUCUCGCUUAUCACGUAGUCCUAUGCAUUUUAAUAAGUUUCUUGACAUUAUCGUUGACUUCGCUGUGUCGGAAAAUCAUCCAGAAUGGUGUAGUCGUGCUCUUCGUUGGUUGGAAAAGAUUUUUGAAAGUCCUGAGUUAGCGGCUAUGACCAAGCAGUCCCAAUCUUCUUUGUGUCGAUUUUUAUCUUAUGAUGCACAAAUGCACGGUCUUCGCCGGUUGGUAGAUACAGUGGUGGAAAAUCUCGACGCCAUCCACAAGUCUACUAAGCCCAAAUUGAGAAAGAUUAAUUUGCCUAUAGUGGAUACAGGAUACAUUUUUAUCGAUGAUGAAGACGUUAACUUCGGUAUCCCCAAGAAGAGAUUUCGGCGCAAUGUGGACAACCUCAAAGACGAAAGAAAUGUGCUCAACCAAUCAUCUCCUUUAAGCGAUGAAGGGGAUGACAGCAUUUUGGACAAUUUAGAUGAUGGUGAUGAAGUCUCAGCGGUUUCAGAAGAUGAUGGCGUUUUUGAUGUUGACGAUGGGUCGACGUCUUCCCUUUCUGAAAGUCAGUUGUCUAACACGAUUUCCCGGACAGGAAUUUCUUUUAACUACACUGAUAAUAGUGGCAACAGUAGUGAAGAAGACUUUGAGGAGGAUGAAGAGGAUGACGAAGAUGAUGAAGGAGAGAUGGCGUCAGAUAGUCGACUGGACGUACCUCCACAACCAGACGACGAGGAGGAAGAAGAAGUUGGAAUUGAUGCUGAUUUCGCUGGUAGUAGUGGUAGCGAAAUUUCUGUUCCGGUAGGCAGGAGUGUUCGUCAGGUUCGGCGAUCGGCUCGGAUUCAGAAUCGACGAUGA